GCUGAAUUAUCCGCGUCCCCAGAGUUGCGCAACCAGUCAAACUACUGGUGUAGGGAAAGGGAAAUCAGAAAUGAAAGAGCGUCACACGUGAUUUCUCCGGAACUACCAGUUGUAUUCCUUUAAGUUUGUUUCGUGCCCGGCGCGACCAGGAGAACCGAGCCGCUGCUGCGAGGCUUCACGCCGAACUCUGAAUGUUGCUGUAGGUUGGACUCAACCGCUUGUCGUGAAGCUGAGUCGGAGCCGAGCGUCAUUAUGAGAUGUCGUCUCCCAGAGCGUCCUUCGUGCACAUCCAGUUUGAUGACAUCCUCUUCUACGAGAACUGUGGCGGCGGCAGCUUCGGGAGCGUGUACCGGGCCAGGUGGAUCUCCCAGGACAAAGAGGUAGCAGUGAAGAAACUGCUAAAGAUUGAGAACGAGGCAGAAAUCCUCAGUGUCCUCAGCCACCGGAACAUCAUCCAGUUUUAUGGUGCGAUUGUCGAGGCUCCCAACUAUGGCAUCGUCACUGAGUAUGCAAGCGGUGGCUCCCUCUAUGAUUACCUGUCGAGCGAUGAGAGCGAGGAGAUGGACAUGGGGCAGAUCAUGAGCUGGGCUGCAGAGAUUGCUAAAGGAAUGCAUUAUUUACAUUCAGAGGCCCCGAUUAAGGUGAUCCACAGGGACCUGAAAUCCAGGAAUGUUGUUUUGAGCGCAGACAAAGUUCUCAAGAUAUGUGAUUUUGGGGCAUCUAAGUUCUUAUCCCACACGACGCACAUGUCCUUAGUGGGAACGUUUCCCUGGAUGGCUCCGGAGGUUAUCCAGAGCCUUCCUGUGUCAGAGACAUGCGACACCUUCUCAUAUGGUGUGGUGCUUUGGGAAAUGCUAACCCGUGAAAUACCCUUUAAAGGCCUUGAAGGCCUGCAAGUAGCCUGGCUGGUGGUGGAGAAAAAUGAGAGGUUAACCAUCCCGAGCUGCUGUCCGGAAAGCUUUGCAGAGCUCAUGAGGAAGUGCUGGACUGCAGAGCCAAAAGAAAGGCCGAUGUUCAAGCAGAUCCUGUGCACAUUGGAGUCUAUGGCUAAAGACAGCCGACUUCCUGAACAGUGCAACUCUUUCCUUCACAACAAGGCUGAAUGGAGGUGUGAGAUUGAAGCUACUCUUGAGCGGCUGAAGAAGUUGGAGAGGGACCUCAGCACCAAGGAGCAGGAGCUGAAGGAGCGGGAGCGCCGCCUGAAGAUGUGGGAGCGCAAACUCAUCGAACAGUCCAACGCUCCAUUGCUGCCAACCCUUGACAUAUACACAUGGACAGAGGAGCAUGUGUAUUUCUGGAUGCUGCACUUAUUUGGUGCAGGAGAUGGAACGUGUGACAUGCAGCUUUACGCCAACCUAUUCAAAGAAAACCACAUCACCGGGAAGAGGUUGCUGCUGCUCACAGAGAGCGACAUGAAGGACAUGGGAGUCAAGUCCAAAGGUCACGUCAUGCACCUUAAGGCAGAGAUUGAAAAGUUAACCAACGAUUACCUCGGGUUUCUCCACUUCCCACCACUGCUGAAGGAUGAGCUGGAAAAGGAGGUGGAACAGAGUAAAACCGUCAAUCUGGAGCUGGUGUUUGGGUACCACUGGAAAGCAGGAACAGGGAAAUCUGACUGCAAAUGGAAAAUGUACAUGGAGCUUGAUGGAGAUGAGGUUGCCGUAACCUACAUCAAAGAUGUCAUCUUUAGUGCCAACAGACCGGGUGUGGAAGUUCUGCGGAUGACUAAGCCACCAUUCCUGAUGGAUAAAUGGAUCGUUGGAUUGGAACAGAACCAGAAAAUAGACUACACCGUCAAUUAUGAGAACGACGUCAAGUCACCAAAGUCGACCAGACACAGCUGCGUGUUGGUGUGGACCCACAGCGGUGGACAAGAUGAGAUCAAAAACGUGGAGCUGGUCAUCGAAACGACUCCAGUUACGGCUGACCCCAGAGAUAGAACAAACUGUAAUUUUGAUCCUGCGUGGAUGAACAACGUGCGGCACAAACACAUGAUGACGCAGAAGUCAAACCACAAGACGACCCGUCUGAACAGCUCCGAGGCCCAAACUCUGCCUCAGUUCCUCUCUGCGCAUGAAAGCCAGGCGUUUUCCUACGCCGCCGCCUUGCGCCGCUCUCCAAACCACCUGCGCUCUUCUCCCUGGACCGACUCUCGCUGCUCAUCGCCGACCGGCAGCCUAUCGGCCAAACUGUCACCGCUAAGCCUCGGGUCUAAGGGCAGCAGUCCGUCCAGCACUACGUCAGAAAGCAUGUUGGAGCGUGAGCGCCCGCGCAGCGCCGGAGGGAUGUACGACCAACGGAGGAACGGCUACUUCGGCAAGGCGUUAGCAGUGGGAGGCGGGCAGGGGAGGGGGCAUUGGUGGACAAACAACAGAGGAAGCAACAAAGGCGGAAAAGGCUCACGGCAGCCGGGGAGGCCGCGAUCAAACAGUUACAGUGUCACACCUCAGAGCCGCCCGCCGCUGAUACCGGGUAUAUGGUCUGUGACAGGAAACCCCAGUGAGGAAAAAGAGGGGGGCAAAGCCGGUGACGGAGGGUGGAUCAAAGUAGAGCGACACAAAAAGCCACCCCGCCAGGACAAUAAACCAGCCAGAGGUCGAGGGAGGAGAGAAGGCAGAGGGGGACGUGGCGCUGGAGGAAGAUCAUAAUCAGAACAUGAAUUACAUGAAGCGCAUGCUGGAUGAGAACCAUACUGAGGCAUGAGAUGUAUCCGUCAAGCUUCAACUACUUUUACAUGUCCUUUCUUGGGAUAAAAUGAAUGAGUCCAUAUGCUCAGAAUGUAUUUAUUGCACAAAACAGAUCAUUUUGUCUUUAAUUCAUUUGAUUUUACGGGCUGGUUGUAUCCACUAAUAGACUAGUUUUAAGAUGGUUAUUUAUAAUUGUUGUUUUAUGCAAAUUGCAGCUCAAUACCAAAAUAAAAUACAAUGAAGUUUUA